AUAAUAUUAUAUGUAGACAAAAAAAGUUAUUUUAUAUUAUUGAUAUUUACAGUUAUUAAUUUAUUCAAGUGGAGAUAUUAUCGUUAUUUUAUAUAAUACAGAAUCUAUUUGUACCAAAUAAAAAAUAUAAGAAUUUUUUUACCACACAUGGACCCUUAUACACUAUAUUCAUAAUAGAGCGGGGUUUUUUUACACCCCUGUCAAGAUUUACGUGUAUACCACUACUUCACGAGACCUCUGCUUGUCAUUAAUGUUCUAUAUCCACUUUACCAAACUUCUCCAUGAGUUGUGUGACAAGGAUUAAUUCAAGACCCCUCUUUGCUCUCUUUCCCGUGCUUUUUAUACCCACUCGUGCAUUCUGAAUUAUGAUUCGUGUAUCGGCGGACACAUAAUUCAUAAUUUUUUUUAAGGAUUUGAUAUUGUAUUUAGAAUGAUAUUUGCCCAAAUCUAUUGCAUCUUGUUUUUUUAUCCAGAUUUUUACUGCCCACAGCAUGCAUUUAUUGUGCUCUAACUCACAUGCACAGCAACUCUAUUUUUGGUUUUUUCUCACCUGUCACUUAUAUCAUAUUCAUCUAAUGCAUCACAGGCGAUUUUCAGUAAACAUAUAUACACACACAUAUAACAUCUAUAUGUAAUACAGUGGGUGGAAAAAAUCCCAACACUUCCAGAAUAUUACUUAUAUAUCUUUUGUUGUCAUUUACAAGUGAUUCUGUGUGUGUUGCUUCGAUCUAUUAUACACUUCCAGCUUUUUUCCUGAACUCACCAGCUUCAUCCUCUGAUGUUCCUCUGCAAAUGCUUUUCAAGUCUGUAGCUAGCUAUACAUACUUGGAUUGGACUUGAAGGCUAGUCUUCUUCUUACCUUGCCACCGAUUCCACCGGCCGAGCUCACCGCCGAGUCAUCCACGGCCGAGCUCUUCACAGCCGAGCCUGUCUUCUUACCACCGUCCGUCCUCUCUGUCGUCGUUCCAUCAAAGCCAAUCUCGUCGCCGCCUCCAUCACGGCCGAUAUCAUCCAAAGCCGAGCCCUCUGAGCCGCCGUCAGUCCUCCAAGCGAGUCACCGCCGCAGUUCUUCAUCACAGCCGAGCUUCUCCUUGCCCGCCAGUGCCGCAACGCAAGGUCACAGCCGGUCCAUUCCGUCACCGUGCUGUACCUCUAUUCUAAGUUCCCUGCACCGUCUUUACUCACCGGUGUUUCCGAUGAUGGGGUUUCUAGCUCUCACCAAAGUCGGCGAUCAGGAUGGUCACGGAGGUAGAAACGGCGGGUUUGAAACUCCACAGUCGCCUCCGCCACCGUCUCCCCCAUCAACGCCACAGCCUCCGAAGUUGCCUGCAAUAAAAUUUCAAGCUUUAGUUUUUUUUUUCUUCGCUGGAUUUUUGGGUUUAUUAUGCGUAUAUGUAUUAUAGAGGUGAAGAGAUUGAUGGUGAUGAGGAGUACAGGCCGGAGUUUUUUUGCCCCUUCUGUGGUAAGGAAUAUGACGAAGAAACAAUCCAAAAACAAUUUAGGAAGUUGAAUUGGAAGUUGAGGACUAUAAUGAUGAGAUAGAUUGAUUCAAAUUGGAUUUCUGUAAUGGAUGAAGAGCAUGCGAUCGAAACCCAGAUGGAAUUGCAGAGUGCAAAAUGACGAAAUGCUGUUUAUUGUCCUUUUUAGUCUUUUUACAAAAUUUUAUAUUUUUAUAUAUUUUAUAAAAUUGUUGACUAAGGGUACUUUAGUCAAGUUUGGUUUUAAAUGUGUCGGGACUCGAUUGCAUCAAAUUAAAACUUGAGGAGUGUUAUUUGCACAGAAAAGGUGUGAUAUGUACUAUAAAUAUACUUGAAGAAUGUUUUUUUUGCACUUUAUCAAUUUUUUCACCUUGAGAGAAAGUCCCACUUUUAUUAUUAUUUUUUUUAAUCAAAAAAUUCACACACCUACCUUUGUUCCCAAUUAGACUAUUCACUAGACCAUGCUCAAUGUAACGAAGUCGAUAUAGACAUUGACAUCGCUAUUCUUUUUCUCCUUUUCCUUUUCCUUUUCCUUUUUGUCGGCAAAACAAAACAUGCAUCACAUUUUUUCGUACUUAUUUUUCUCCAUUAGACCAUUUAGUGAUUUAGUGACCGACACCAAUGAUUGUUUGAGGACCAAAACUUUGAUACAAUACAAUUCUUUUAGGUGUAUGUAUUAUGUAUGUAUAUAAUAUAUAUGUGCGCUCUCUCAAUAACCUUAUUUGAAGUAGAGGCAACAUUGGAAAUUUAACUAAUUAGUAAGAUUACUAAUAAAUUACGAGUACUUUUUACUUAUAGUUUAAUUACUAAUACAUUACAAACUAUAUAUACAUAUAUAUGUAAUCCAUGAAAGGACUCUCAGGACUCAGUAACAUUCCAAGUUGAUAAUUAUCCAUCAAAUGUGCUAUAUAAUGUUAAACGGGAUGAAAAAAAAAAUUAAAUAAAUAAAUAAAUUUGUUGAACCUACAACUUUGUAAUAUUCGAGAAAAAAAAAUAGUAAAUAAUUAUUUUCUAUUAUCAAAGAAAAUCGUGUCUAAUUAUUUGUUGUGAUACUACAUAGCUGAUAUUUCCGGAAUAGUCAAUAAUUUUUCACACAUGCUUGUAGUAAUAGAUUACCCUAUUUGUUUAAAUUUAUCAAAACACACUGUCUUGAUUAGUUUUAUGCAUUACUUUGCAGUGCUCUUUAGAAUUUUGGAUGUGAGUGGGCCCCCCAUUGAUGUCAUGUAAUGGAUGGGCCCCCACACCUCUGGAAUUUCCCUCAUUGGACAUCCUUAAAACAAAAGAAAAAAAUUGUAUCAUUGCUCUAAUAAGUAACAUAAAAGUAUGAAGCAGGCACUUUAUCAGAUUGAGAGAAAAUAAUGGCAGACGAAUUACGCCACCCACUGACUCAAAGAACAGGAUCAAGUUUUCUGAAAGCUUGUUUCAAUGGAACAAAUGCAUUCCUUGGAAUUGGACUUCUAACUGUUCCUUAUGCCCUCUCAAGUGGGGGUUGGUUGAGCUUAGUUCUGUUUUUCUUAAUCGCGGCCAUGUCCUUCUACACCGGACUAUUACUGAAGAGAUGUUUGGAUGCUGAUCCAUCCAUCCGAAGUUAUCUUGACAUUGCUGAGCGCGCAUUUGGUACAAAAGGCCGCGUUAUGGUCUACAUUAUAAUGAACUCGGAGUUGUACCUUGUGGCAAUAGGCCUACUGAUCUUAGAAGGGGACAACUUGCACAAACUGUUUCCGAAUUUUAUGAUCAAGAUUGGGUCAUUGGCAAUGGAUGGAAGACAGUCAUUCGUUAUCAUCACUGCACUUGUCAUUCUGCCCUCAAUGUUGUUCACUGACUUGAGCAUAUUGUCCUAUGUCUCUGCCACCGGGGUGUUCUCUUGCCUCAUUAUCCUCGGUUCUGUUGUUUCUGCUGGUGCAAUCGAUGUAGGGUUUCACGCGGAAGGAAGCUUGUUGAACGUCGAUGGCAUUCCUACUGCUGUCAGUCUGUACAUUGUUUGCUUUGCUGGGCAUCCAGUAAUCCCUUCCAUCUACACUUCAAUGCAACACGUGUAUCAGUUCAGUAAGGUCUUGUUAGUUAGCUUUAUCGUCACAAUUACCACCUAUUUGUCAAUGGCCAUUGUGAGUUAUCUCAUGUUUGGAGAAAAUGUUGAAUCACAAAUCACACUGAAUCUAUCAACAGGAGAGGUUAGCGCGAAAAUAGCGAUAUACACCACUUUGCUCAUUCCGGUUACAAGGUACGCGUUGAUGGUUACCCCGGUUGCAACUGCUAUAGAGAGUGGGCUAUCAGAUGAUUACAAGAACUGGAGGCCUGUGAGGUUAACAAUCAGGAUUGCAUUACUGUUCAGCACGGUUAUUGUGGCUUAUGUAUUUCCUUAUUACGAGUCCUUGAUGGCCAUUGUGGGAUCCAUUUUUGUUGUUCUAGCUUCAUUCCUGCUUCCUUGCUUUUGCUACUUGAAGAUUUCUGAUUCCUAUCACAGCUGGAGCUAUGAGCUCAUGGGCAUUGUGGGAAUAAUUGUGUUUGCAUCCUUUGCAGGCAUUUUAGGGACUUACUCAUCUGUAGCUCAACUUGUGGAUGAUUAUUGAUUUGUUCUAAUGUCAUUUCCGUAUUUUAUACUAGUAUUAAAAUUAACAUUCUAGAAUGCACCACAAGAAGCUUUCAGUUGGGGUGUCUUAAGGUUGUUUACCACCUUACCUGAAUGACAUUGACAUAACUAUGUUUAUACAAAUA